AUUUGGGCUGUGUAAGCCCAUACCUCGUUCCUGUGUGCUGGCUGAAGGAGGGGGGAGCUGUGCUUCCCUCCAGCCUGUCCCUGCCCUUUCCCCAAGGAUGUCUCCCCAUGCAGCAAUAACUCAGCUCUCUAAAUUGAAGAGAUUGUGGGAAACAGGUAUUGACAAAAUUUGAGUGGCUGCCCAGAUAAGCAUAGGAUACUUUGAACAAUCCCUCACAUCACUUUAAAAUGCAGUGUCUCUACAGAAAAAAAUAUUUUUAAAAACUUGUUUUUUAGAAAACAUUAGUGGCUGCCCCAUGGAAAACAAUUUUUGCCCCCUCAGUAUUGGGCACAGAAUAAUCUGUUGAAAUCAAAUGCAUAAAUUGUGGAUGUAAUGGAGCUUGCUUUGAACUGAUGAGUCUGAUCAGAGUCUGGUGGCAAUUAAACAGAGUUUUGAAAGAUCAGCUGUGUUUGAGAACCAGCAGAACUCAGGGAGGAAGUGAUCUGGGGGCGUGUGAGCAGCACCUACUUAGCAAAUUGGAAAAAUACUAUUCAUUUUUUACAUCUAAGCACUUGGAAUCUCUCCUCAGAACCAAUUGGUGAUGAUAGAGGUAAUAUUUUUAUUCUUGUCACCAAGGAUAAUAAAAAUGCAGCAGAAGCUUAGAAACUUGUGUAUUUACAGCAUUGUGACAGGCAUAAGUCAAGCAGCAAUUCAGGCUGAAGCCAUCGAGCAAAGGCACCUAGUUCUCCAUGGCUGGAUGUCACAGGUCCUGCAGGACUGUAAGACAUCAAAUAUAGGGAUGCUGCCAGCUGUUCAAUUCCUCACAGCUAACCGUAGUGCUGACUCCAUGCACGCAGUGCCACAGGUCAGGACGAAGGCAAGGAGAGGUUUCCCUGUGGCUUUCCAGCCCCAGCUGCAGUGUGAGGGGUCUGGGCCGGGCUGCACGAGGGCAGGGCCAGCCUUGGGGCUGGGCUGCUGAAGGCUUUGUCUGACCCUUCAGAGUGAGGCUGCCAGGCAAAGUCCUGAGACAUUCCGGUGCUACUUCCAGUAUUAAUUUGCAUAGAAUUCCUUGGAUUUCAUUGUCAUUUAACCCACUCACAAGGCUUAACCACAUCUGAUUUUUGCCUCUGCUGACAUUUUCUUUUCUUUUUAAACACAUAAGCAUUAAAAAUCCCUCGGUAAAAUAUGUGUAUUUUCAUAGCGAGGAAGGCAUUUCUGUAACACUAUUUCAAAGCAAAUCACAGAAAUAUUGAAUGGGAGAGGAAAAAGAUGUUUGGUUCUUAUAGUUGGGGUUUAUUUGUUUUGAACUGAAUAAACCUGAAAAUAUUAUAUAAAAACUGCAGAUAAGUGAAAAAAUUCCAUAAGCAGCAUCUUCCAGAUUGUUCCUCAAAAAAACCACCCAACUGACAACAGUACAACAGAAAAGUGUUCUUAAUUAACAUCUUCAGUUAAAGGAGAAGCAUUGUGGAUCUCUUAGAUGUAUUAUUAAAUCUUCAUUGUUUAGAUAAUUGGAUGGGGACAGACACUUGUGCUGAGUGCUGUGUCAAAUUCGUCAGGGCCUGCUGUAAUUCUAGUGCACUUGCUGGAUUUCACAGCUAUUUGUCUGGGUACAGGGGUAAUUUGGAGGGUUGAGUGAAGCCAGAUGACUGUAAUGAACUCAUUUUGUGUCUUUGACUCAGUUUCGGGGGAAAAAAAAGAUGCUAUUUUUAGGGUAUUUUAUAUUGUUAAGACUUCUGUUCUUCCUGUCUCUCAAAGUUUCUCUGGGUCGCUGUCUUUGCUUCAUCACCGAUAAUUAUAUCAAAUUAAUUCAGCAUAAUUGAGUUAAUUAUUAGCACUGGAGGUUACCACCAGGACUUCGAUUGAACCAGAGCUUUUAUCCCCCUUUUCCUGAGGUUUCACCAAAUGUAAACAAACCAGAAUCAUGGGUGAACAUCAAGUGCUGUUGCCACUCAGAAUUGUCCUGCCAUGCUCAUUCACUCAGAUGAGUACUGAUAAAUGGAGUGGGAAAAGAGUUCUCUCUCACCCCCCUUCAUCUCUGCCGAAGCUCUAAAUUAGUUGCCCAACAGAGUUGGUGUGUUAUCAGUUAAGAGUGAGCCCUGUACCACCGAGAGCUGGGGUACAGCUCUCGGUGCUGGGUGCUGGGGGAUGUCUGCAUUUGCAAGAGCUUCUUGCUGCUCAGACCUUUCUUUUCAAAGGCACCUUAGAUUGCCUUUGAGCUAGACUGGGCCUUGGAGAGUGACAAUGAAGUUUUGGGGAAAACUUGAGCUAUGGCUUUAAGAGCUCAGAAGUGUCCAGAAGACAUGGUGGGAUCUGCCCCUGAUUAGCUGCUGGCAUGGAAACAAGCCCUGAUUAGUGAGCUGGGCCAAUCCCCCUAAGAGGCUAAAGGCACCCAGACUUACAUGUACUGUAAUACUGCUGCUUAUAAACACUGCUCCCAGGAACAUGGAUUUUGCCCAGGAUGUGGUGGGUAAAAUUCAUCCAUGGUUUAAUUCCACCACAGAAAGGGUUUAUGCCAGGGAAGGGGUUGGCUCAGACUAUUGCUGUGAUUGAGAGCAAAGGCUUGGAGAUGCUAAAUUUCAGCAGAUAUGGAUUUGGAAUAAUAGACAUUGAGUUGUUCCUGACACUGCUGUGAAGGAUAAUGUGAGUUGGGAAGGACAACUCCAGGAUGAGAUGUAGAUCCCAGGGCAGGGCACGAGCCCCAUCGUCACCAUCCAGGGAUUAUGUGCCCAGUCAGGGCUAGAAGGGAUGUGUUGGGGGGAGCAGGAAAUGGAGAGGUCACACUGCACAGGGUUUAUUCCCUUGUAGGCUGGGUAUGAUGUUUGCACUAAGGGAAGGUUCAGAGGAGUAUGUUAGAUAUUUUUCGUUUUAAAAAAAAUAUAAUUUUUAAUUAAACAUUAGUCAAUAAUGUGGAUCACAGUAAUUUCUUUUACUGUUUUAAAUUCUGACUCUACACCUUUACGACAAGUUUUUCAACUCUUGUACUUUCCUAAGCAGAGCUCUUUCUGCACUGACAGCUCCUUGUUUUACCCUCUUGAGUUUUUUUAAAAAAAUUAUAAAGUUGGAUUGCAUGAGCAAAAUGAGCAUAUAUUAAAGAAUAAUGGUAAAAUAAACUUUCACCAAUUUCAGUCACUGUUCAAUUCCUGAACAGUGAGAAACCAGUACAAAACCUUAUGUAAGACUUACUAUUCUUCAGUGCUUGUCUGAGCCAUAGUCCAUAGAGUUAAUGUGGUCAUUAAUCACACAGUGUGGUUUUUCCCUUCAAAGGCACUCCCAUGCCUUAUGCUGCCAAGUUGGUCUCUGUCUGUCAGCAACAGUUGUGGCAGCUUAUUUGGUGCCCAGUUGGAUGUUUUAGAAGGUGAUACAAGCUCAGCCAGAAAGUUGUUGCACUAACUGGCAUAAAGCAGUUGAGAGAAUCACAAUUGCUGAACUGGAGCUAAGCACUGGAACAUUUCAAAAUACAAUAUUUACAAAAAAGAAAGGAAUGAACAAGCAGUUUUGGUUUAAAGUUGAUAAUUCCUAUUCAGGCAUGAUCACAAAGGUAAAUACAGAUUUGGCCACUGAGAAGAAAAUUAAUUUUAACAGCAGUUGAACUGACCAAUUCAAAGCUGUGAAGAAAAAGUUCUUUUGAGACUGUGCCUUUCAGAAUUUCCUUUAAGCCGGGAGAAUCAUUUUCAGGAGAAAAAAGUGGAGAAGUUUGAAUUGUACCUAAACCGGGGAGGUUCCUGUCCUCACUAGUGAGCAUGCACCAAAGAAUAUUACUCUAAUUAGUCUGAUCAUGCUUAUUAAUUAUACAGAACAAGGUAAUCUGGCCUCAACAUGUGUCCUUACUGGUGUAGGAUUGCAAAAGCCUGAGUAUUUUAUUUGCAGUAUUGCAUGUCUCUGCUCUGUGAUACCAAACCAGGGUGUAAGGUAAGACAUCUGCCCUGUAGCUUUGGUUAAUUUAUACAACUGGUCAUUAUGCCCAGCUCUAGCACUCUGUCAUUCUCAAGUUUUAUCAAUUGCAAUUCUAUAUUUUGUAUUUAUAUUAUAUUUAUAAUUUAUUAUGUUUUAUAUUUGCAAACUAGUGACAUUGUUGAAUAGCAUUAGGCCUGAUCCUGAUGCUGUUGAACUGAAUGAAGGGUGUCGGAGCAGCAGUGGUUCCUUGUCAACAAAGAGAUCUUUGGGAUCUGUCGUUUGCCAGUUCUUAAUCCUUCAUGUGCUCUGCAGUGUAAAUACUGUGUAAAGCAAAUUUUAUGCUGAAGGGCUAUGCCCCCAAGUUGUUCUGCACAGUCACCUGACACUGCUUCUGCCUCAUGCAUCAAUCAAAGCAUAAAGGGGAGAGGAGCAGAAAUAGAAGUGAACAGAACAGGCCCAGCUACCAUCACUCAUGCAAUGGGAUUUUGCAGCUCGUGUUUAGAAAGGACAAAACCCCAACAAUGCUGGGCCCUGGCUCGUCAGAAGCGAUCACAUCAAACGCGCAGAUCUCAGUAAGAGCCGGCGAGAUGUGGCUGCUGGGAAGUGACUGCAGCAUUGUCCGUGCUCACCCACACAGCAGGGCCGGGGCUGCAGGGCAGCCGUGCCCGGGGCUGCCAAGCGUUCCGAGCCCGAGUGGCUGUGAGCAGGCAGGGACGGACGGACGGACGGAUGGACAGACGUUGGCUGGUUUGCCUGGGGCAGCAGAGCCCCUCACACUGCCCUGGACGUGCCAGGCGCUCCUGGGACCCACUGGGGCCUGAGGGGAGCUGUGACUGUGUCACGAGCAGCGAGAGCAGCUAUGUCCCAGAGCAGGUUCUGCCCCUGCUGCAGGCUCGGGCCGGGACUCACAGGCCUGAACCUGGGAAACCUGGAACGAAGGACGGCUGUGACCAAAGAGUAAGAACCUUCUGGGUAGCAGCAGUUCACUUGGGUGCCUUCCUGGACUGAUGUCACAACAUGAACUAAGAUGUUUUGCGGUUAAAGAGGUUCCAAAAGACUUUCAGUGUCUUUCUUAUUUUGGCAUUCUUAUUUUUCCUGAGAUCAUGAGGUUUGACAAGGAUAGGGAAUCAUAAAUUCUUGAGUUAAGACUUCUGAGGGUGUAAUACUUCAAAGUAGUAUACCACAUCUCUAGCCUGGAUACUGGGGAAAGAGAGGGCAGAGGGGGAAAGGGGAGCCAAGAUGUAAACAGCAACAGCUCAGGUAACUCUUGCAGUCCUUUAAUUAACACUUCUAGUCUCUGGAGCCCAGCUUUGUUGGCUGUUUAACUAGUUCAGAGGGAUUGGGAUCAUAACUGCUGAACUGUGGGGAUUUGCUGGAAAAACACAACAGUAGAAAAAAAAGUAAACUGAGAGCAGAGGCAUAGUACAUCUCAGCUUCAUCAGGGUUCUUCUGUGCACAGGGUCAAUUGCCAAACCUGCCAAUGCAGAUUGAAGAUUAAUUGGCUUUGGUCAUCUUUUGCUUCACUAUCUGAAUAUCAUUAUCAGGAAUGUAAAUGAUUAUGCAAUGCAGAGAAAUGCCACAAUAGUCUCAGUGUCUCCUUCUAUACUUGUCUCUUUGUGAACGGAGCUUUAUCUAAAUGCAAAUGUGAUUUCAGCCUUCUGAUUAGGACAUUAUACAGUCAUCCAUUCCAGAAAAGCACAAUUAGCUGAUUAUUUUAUUUCUGACUCAACAGUUCCUGGUGUAGAUAGUUUGUUUGUUGUGCUGUGCAUGAUAUUUAAAUUAUCAGAGGGAGAUUUUCAUUAUUAGUCAGGAUUAUAGCCAGAAUUUUUGAGGUCGAGGGUUUUUGCAUGGCAGAUAAAACGUAACAUUUGUGGGAUUUGAGGGGAGAUGUUUUUAGAACAAAAGGCAACAGUGUAGAUUCUUACUGUGCUUCAUUGUCCUUUUUGUGUUGAGGAAGGGGCAAAUCACAGCAGAGGCUUUGCAGAUUCUCCAGUGCCCUGGGGUGCACAAGUCCAGACUGUAGCAUUCCCUGUUGCCAGGUUCUAGUCCCUGUUGAGGUUACUUGUACAGGGCACCAGUGUCUUAGAACUUAACAAUGGGCAGGUCAUGAAAUUAUUUCUUAUUAAACAGCCACUGUAGUGAAAUAGCCAACAAGUUUUCCAUGUGCUGUGGUAGAUUUCCAGUGAAGUUUACACUGGAUGAAGGUACAUCCUAAGAAAAACACAGAUCUUUGGUGAUAAACUUCCCUGUGAAGCUUGCCCAUGUCACAGCGUUUGUAGCAUUUUUGGAGCUGUGAAUCUCUCAGAAGUCAGAUGGUUUGGUUUUUUAAUUUGAAUAUGAGAGCCUCAUAGAAGGAGUUUAGUUUUGAUAAUAGAUGGGGUAAAAAUUUCCAUCUUCAAAUCUUUUAGGAAGUCCAGUAUUUAUAGAAAGGCUAAGAAUUAUUUUUUUUUUCCAAAAAAAUUAAUCAGUUGCAAAUGUAUUUGUCACACAAUUUGAAUUCAGCAGCUCAUCAUUUUCCUAUGAAAAAUUACUGCAGUGGGAAAUUCCUAAUUAUUUAUAGUGAAAUAUUUUCAAUUCCAUUGAUCAGCUUCAUCUUCCCAUAUCCAUAUGUUUCUGUGACUGGUUCCUUCCUCUCUCCCAGAGCUGCUUUUCUGUGUGCUAGAGCAAGCUGUCCUGAGCAGUCCCAGCACAUGAGGGAUCUUUGUGUUUGUGACAGGAAAUCUAUUGCACCACUUAGAUUUAAUUAGAGCACAGUGACAUAUGAUGGGUUUACACAUCAAAGCCUAGAAACAACUUUACUAAUUGUCUCUGGUCCGAAAGUGUAUUAUGGGAUCUGUAUUGAAUUUUGGGAUGUUUCACUGUAUUUGGUGGGAAUAUGUGAAAUGCAGGGCCAGGUUCGUAGGGUCAAUGCAAUUCUACCAAUUCUUACCAGCCAAGGAUAUAGCCCAAAAAACCUGCAUGCACAGUUAAAUUUGGGUUCAGAUCAACUUGAAUCCAACCUCAUAUUCCAGUUUUCUGUAUUGGAUGAUAAAAACUCUCUCUCAUGGAGAGAAGGGCAGGGAGUAAUUCAGUCUAUAUCUUAUGAGUCACAUUUUGGAGUGGCUUGUCUUUCUGCUCCUGGAAGGAGAAUGCAGGGAUCUCUCAACUGACUGACUUGGGCAUGUAAUCACCUCCCAUACUUGAAUGCCAAAAUGAAAUGAACCAAACCAAAAAUGCAUGGAGCUGAUACCCACCAUAGGUUUCAGUGCAAAGAGAAAAGGAUAUUUUACAGAAAAAACACUUGGAGAAAACAAGGGAUGAACAUGUUGAAGCCUGGGGCUAUAUUGAUCCCAUUGUGAUGGGCAUUUAUAGGUGCAUAGAGAGGAGAUUUUCCCCACUGCAAUAAGAUCUAGCCUAUGCAAAUACAUAGCCUAGAUAUGUAAUAGCUGUCGUGGUAUACUCUGAAAUACAUUUGGGUAAAGGACUUAAAUUACUUAUGAAAAAGAAAAAGAAAAUAUUCCAAAUAAUGAGUAGUUAUCAUAAUGGGUGCUAAAAUAAUGGCAUGUACCUACUUCAUUAUCCAGUUGCUUAUUUAUUAUCUUUAUUCUUAAGAGUGAUGAUGUAAAAGUGCUUUUUUCCAAAUGUUAAUUUAGUUCUCUGCAGAUGGCAACCAUCUGUUAAAUGACAAGGCAUUUACAGCCUUUGAUUAGCACUUUAUAGGACUUGGAUGGACUUAACUGUUACAAUAUGUAAGUAUAGUUAUGGAAGUGAAACUUGGUAGAUUUGUUCUUUUCCUGUUGCUGUUACCAAUACAUGUAAAAUUUCAAACCUAACAGUGUUUUUUCCUGCCUUCUCCUCUGUUUAUCCAUGUCGUUUCCAGCUGAAGCCUUGAAAUUCUUGACAGAAUGACAAAAUAGGAAAUAUUGUUAAAUUCCAGCACCGUUUGUAUCUAUUAUUAGUAUCCUCAUUCUGAAAGGACACCAUGUGGAUGAACUAGGGAUGCUCAAGGAAAGCACUGGAAGUUUGAAGGACUUUAAGGAUUCUGGCUUAGCUAGUAGGAACCUCUCUGUGGGCUGUGAUACAGGUCUGGGUACUCAAAGAAAGUUACACUGGCUCUCUGUACAACACUGGCACACGUGGCUGUUCCCACUUCAAAGUGAUCCUCUGGAGCGAGCUCCACACUUUGUGUUUUCUUCCCUUGAGCAGUGGCACCCAACCCCCGUCUGUCCAUAAACUCAGCAAGUUCUCAUUGAUUUUAUGUUGGGGUUUCACCUAAAGUUUCCGCAGGUUAUUGCCGAUCCUCAGCCUGCCGGCGCUGUUCUCGCUGUGUUCUGUUCGUUGGCGCUUUGAUUUCCGCGCUGUCGGUGGAACUGCCGGUGUUUGUGUUUGUGUUUGUGUUGCAGAGCCGAGGGCGGGCCCGGCCAUGUCCCCGUUACCCGAGGCGGAGCUGGUGCGCAGCUCGGUGCAGCUGUACCGGUACCUGCUCCGCUGCUGCCGCCGCCUGCCGCCCGGCCCCAUCCGCCAGCACUACCGGCACGCCAUCAGACAGAGUUUCAAAGUCCAUGCUGAUGAAGAUGAUCCUGAGCGAAUCCAGCAGAUCAUUAAGAGAGCCAUUGAAGAUGCUGACUGGGUGAUGAAUAAAUAUAAAAGCCAGGAGUAGAAGAGGAAGGAUGAAACCAAGAAGGACAUCGGUAAACAGCCUUAAAGGACUUGCAGUGAAGUUCCGUACUACACUGAAUUAUUGCCUGAAGUUUUCUCUUGGAUAAUAUAAAUACAAUAAUUGAUAUUUCACUGGGAUGUCAUGAAACUAAAUUAAUAUUUCUGAAGGUA